AUGGCAACAUUACAAUCAUCACUAGUGGCAUUAUUUAUGGAGUCAGACCUUAAUGCAUGGAAGAUUACUUUUCUACUUCAAUUUGGUUGUGUUUUGUAUUCAGGAGUCAUGGGAUCAGCAGUAACAUUUUAUCUCCAAGCAUGGUGCAUUUCUAGGAGAGGACCUUUCUUCUCUGCAAUGUUCAGUCCUCUCUUAACAUUGAUUGUAACUAUAUUGGCUACCUUGUGGCUUCAUGAAGAAAUAUACAUUGGAAGCUUGAUAGGUGCAAUUGGAGUGAUAGUUGGUUUGUAUAUUGUGCUUUGGGGUAAAGCUGAAGAUGUAGUUGAUGUCAAAGAUAAGAAAGAGAAAAAAUUUGACAAUGAAUAUUGUGAAAAAAUAAAUUGUAAAACUGAUUUGGAAGAUCCUCUUUUACACAACUAA